CAUCGCGCAUUUUUGUUUGCCGAACGAGGUCCGCCGUACUGGCUUGUUAAAGUGAAAAUUUUUGCUAUAAUUGCACUCUUUUUCCGCACAAAACGUAGCUUCCCGGUUGCUGGAAAGUCUUCCAGUUGUGAAUUUGGUAUUUUGAGCCGGAAGUGACUGAACGACAGUUCAGCCUGUGCCAGUAGCGCCACCAUCGAUUUUAUUUUCCACAACACCACUGACGCUUUGGAGAAUGGGCAAGGUUAAGGAAAAUAAACCGAAUUCUGAUAGCGAGUCCAGCGAGGAGGAGGAGUAUGUCGUAGAGAAGAUCGUCGAUCGACGAGAACGAAAGGGUAAGGUCGAAUAUUUCCUGAAAUGGAAGGGAUACGAUUCGUCAGCAAACACCUGGGAACCGAGAGAGAAUUUGGAGUGCCCGGAGUUGAUCAAGGCAUUUGAAGAUACUCGCACUGCGGCAAAGAAAGAAGCCGCCCCCAAGGAGAAAGAGAAGGAAAAGGAGAAAAAGAAACCUGCCAAACCGUCCUCCACGAGUAGCUCGAAAAGAAAGGCCGAUUCGGAUGCCGAGAAUGAUGGAUCAGACGAUGAUAAGGAUGGCUCUGCGUCGACCAAGUCAAGCAAGUCGAAGACUGCUGCAGUCGAUAAUGAUGCUGCUGCCAGCGAUGAUGGAAUGAAUGGAUUCGAAAAAGGUUACGCCCCGGAGAAGAUUCUCGGAGCCACCGAAGCAAACAAUGAGCUUUUAUUCCUGAUCCAAUGGAAGGACAAGGACAAGGCCCAGCUUGUGUCGUCCAAGGAAGCGCGCAAGCACUGUCCCCAGCUUGUCAUAGACUUUUACGAGGAGCGUCUGAUCUGGCAAUCAUCCGAUUCGGCGGAGUAACUCGCACGAGUUCAAUUUCCCUACUUUUUUUUUUUCUCCGUUACAAAUCGAAUGGGGCUGAACGUUUUCCUUGAUGGAUGUAAGCUUAGGAUUUUCGUUUUAAGUAUGUCAACAAAUAAUUAUUACGACCCGGAACUAUGUAUGUCCAAGAUAAAUAAGGCUUUUAUUUACUGAUUUUGUAAUUGAUUGGCUUGAACUGUAUUGAUGGAUAUAAUCGUAAGAAGCUUGUACGAAGUAAUGCAAGGCCAUAGAGUAACUUUACAGCAGAAAAAUAAAAAUUUCGGACAACCACAAAAGACCUGUAAUCCAUUAUUACAAUAGAGCAUAUUUUCUCGGAUAAUAAAGUUUUGGAUAAUUAGUAUUAGA